AUGUCAUCUCAAACUAAGUUCAAGAAAGACAAAGAGAUCAUCGCUGAAUAUGAAGCCCAAAUAAAAGAGAUCCGCACCCAGCUGGUGGAGCAGUUCAAAUGUCUGGAGCAGCAAUCCGAGUCACGGCUGCAGCUGCUUCAAGACCUCCAGGAGUUUUUCCGCCGGAAAGCCGAGAUCGAGCUGGAAUACUCCCGCAGCCUGGAGAAGCUGGCCGAGCGGUUCUCCUCCAAAAUCCGCAGCUCCCGGGAACACCAGUUCAAGAAAGACCAGUACCUCCUCUCACCUGUGAACUGUUGGUAUCUGGUCCUGCAUCAGACCCGGCGGGAGAGCCGAGACCACGCCACCCUCAAUGACAUCUUCAUGAACAACAUCAUUGUCCGCCUCUCCCAGAUCAGCGAAGAUGUCAUCAGACUCUUCAAAAAGAGCAAGGAGAUUGGUCUGCAGAUGCAUGAGGAGCUCCUGAAGGUGACCAACGAGCUCUACACAGUCAUGAAAACCUACCACAUGUACCACGCAGAGAGCAUCAGUGCAGAAAGCAAGCUGAAGGAGGCUGAGAAGCAGGAGGAGAAGCAGUUCAACAAGUCGGGAGACCUCAGCAUGAACCUGCUCCGGCAUGAGGACCGGCCCCAGCGCCGCAGCUCUGUGAAGAAGAUUGAGAAGAUGAAGGAGAAGAGGCAGGCAAAGUAUUCCGAGAAUAAGCUGAAAUGCACAAAGGCCCGGAAUGACUACUUGCUGAAUCUGGCAGCCACCAAUGCAGCUAUAAGCAAGUACUACAUUCACGACGUCUCCGAUCUCAUCGAUUGCUGUGAUUUGGGCUUUCAUGCCAGCCUGGCCCGCACCUUCCGGACCUACCUCUCAGCCGAAUACAACCUGGAGACCUCUCGGCACGAGGGGCUGGAUGUCAUCGAGAAUGCAGUGGACAACCUGGAUUCCCGCAGUGAUAAGCACACUGUCAUGGACAUGUGCAACCAGGUCUUCUGCCCUCCACUUAAAUUUGAGUUCCAGCCCCACAUGGGGGAUGAGGUGUGCCAGGUCAGUGCUCAGCAGCCGGUCCAGACGGAAUUGCUCAUGCGGUACCACCAGCUGCAGUCCAGACUGGCCACGCUAAAGAUAGAGAAUGAGGAGGUCAGAAAAACCCUGGAUGCCACCAUGCAGACCUUACAGGACAUGCUGACCGUGGAAGACUUUGAUGUCUCCGACGCCUUCCAGCACAGUCGAUCUACAGAGUCCAUAAAAUCGGCUGCCUCUGAGACCUACAUGAGCAAGAUCAAUAUUGCCAAAAGGAGAGCCAACCAGCAGGAAACAGAAAUGUUUUAUUUUACGAAAUUUAAAGAAUAUGUGAAUGGCAGUAACCUUAUCACCAAGCUACAGGCCAAGCAUGACUUACUCAAGCAGACCUUGGGCGAAGGGGAGAGAGCAGAAUGCGGCACCACCAGGCCCCCUUGUCUUCCCCCUAAACCACAGAAAAUGAGGAGACCUAGGCCUCUCUCAGUGUAUAGCCAUAAACUCUUUAACGGCAGUAUGGAAGCGUUCAUUAAGGAUUCAGGACAAGCUAUACCCCUUGUAGUGGAGAGCUGCAUCCGAUACAUCAAUUUAUAUGGACUCCAGCAGCAGGGGAUCUUCAGAGUGCCAGGAUCUCAGGUCGAAGUCAAUGACAUCAAAAAUUCCUUUGAGAGAGGUGAAGACCCCCUUGUGGACGAUCAAAACGAGCGAGACAUCAAUUCAGUCGCUGGUGUUUUAAAACUGUAUUUCCGAGGACUGGAAAACCCACUCUUUCCUAAGGAAAGGUUUCAAGAUUUGAUAUCUACUAUUAAACUGGAGAACCCAGCUGAGAGGGUGCACCAGAUCCAACAAAUCCUCAUCACCCUCCCCCGUGUGGUCAUCGUGGUCAUGAGAUACCUCUUCGCUUUCCUCAACCACCUCUCCCAGUAUAGCGACGAGAACAUGAUGGACCCCUACAACCUGGCCAUCUGCUUUGGGCCCACCCUCAUGCACAUCCCUGAUGGGCAGGACCCUGUGUCCUGCCAGGCACACGUCAAUGAAGUCAUCAAAACCAUCAUCAUCCAUCAUGAAGCCAUCUUCCCCAGCCCCCGGGAGCUAGAGGGACCCGUGUAUGAAAAAUGCAUGGCUGGAGGGGAAGAGUAUUGUGACAGCCCACACAGCGAGCCAGGCACCAUUGAUGAAGUUGACCAUGAUAAUGGCACGGAGCCUCAUACCAGCGAUGAAGAAGUGGAGCAGAUCGAGGCCAUCGCCAAGUUUGACUACGUGGGGCGGUCCCCGCGUGAACUGUCCUUCAAGAAGGGGGCCUCCCUGCUCCUGUACCACCGCGCCUCGGAGGAUUGGUGGGAGGGCCGGCACAACGGCGUGGAUGGGCUCAUCCCGCAUCAGUACAUAGUUGUUCAGGACAUGGAUGAUGCCUUCUCCGACAGCCUGAGCCAGAAGGCCGACAGCGAGGCCAGCAGUGGGCCGCUGCUCGAUGACAAGGCCUCCUCCAAAAACGACCUCCAGUCCCCCACGGAGCACAUCUCGGAUUACGGCUUUGGGGGGGUGAUGGGCCGAGUGCGGUUACGAUCCGAUGGAGCGGCCAUCCCCAGGCGCCGAAGUGGGGGCGACACACACAGCCCGCCCCGGGGCCUGGGCCCCAGCAUAGACACGCCACCCAGGGCCGCCGCCUGCCCCAGCAGCCCCCACAAAAUCCCCCUUACCCGGGGGAGGAUCGAGAGCCCUGAGAAGCGGAGGAUGGCAACGUUUGGGAGUGCUGGCAGCAUCAACUACCCGGACAAGAAGGCACUCUCUGAAGGGCACUCAAUGAGGUCGACCAGCGGCUCCACCAGGCACAGCAGCCUCGGGGACCACAAGUCCCUGGAGGCCGAGGCCCUGGCAGAAGACAUCGAGAAGACCAUGAGCACGGCUCUGCACGAGUUGCGGGAACUCGAGAGGCAGAACACAGUCAAGCAGGCUCCAGAUGUGGUGCUGGACACCCUGGAGCCCCUGAAGAACCCGCCAGGCCCCAUCAGCUCGGAGCCCGCCAGCCCUCUGCACACCAUCGUCAUCCGCGACCCCGAUGCCGCCAUGCGCCGCAGCAGCAACUCCUCCACCGAGAUGAUGACCACUUUCAAGCCAGCCCUGUCCGCCCGCCUGGCUGGCGCCCAGCUGCGCCCGCCCCCCAUGCGACCUGUGCGGCCAGUGGUCCAGCAUCGAUCCAGCAGCAGCAGCAGCUCGGGUGUGGGCAGUCCGGCCGUGACACCCACCGAGAAGAUGUUCCCCAACAGCUCUGCAGACAAAUCGGGCACCAUGUGA